CUCGCCAGGUGCCUAUCCAACCCCUACGGAGUUACCAAAACACAGUCAUCUUCCCUUCAGCGAAGGGAUGUACAGACCAGACUCCCAAAGCUAGUCCACACCGUUACCGAGCCGACCUCAUCCUGUUACGUACCUACUACUUUUGGGGUCGUUUCUGUCGCCGACAAUGUCCGUCAGAGAAGCCUCCCACGCCGGUUCAUGGUACUCUGAUAACGGACGACAACUGGCUGCGCAGUUAGAUUCAUGGCUGUCGAAAGUGCCGGAGAAAGAGGUUCUGCCCGGAGUGGACAAACUACCGUUACCAGGUGCCAGAGUGGUCAUCUCACCUCAUGCCGGGUACGCCUAUUCAGGUCCUGCCGCGGCAUGGGCGUACAAGUGUCUUGACUUAUCCCAAGCGAAACGAAUCUUCAUCCUACAUCCCUCCCAUCACCAUCAUCUGAGUACAGCUGCCCUCCCUGUCGUCGAAGCCUACGAAACUCCUCUCUCCGACGAACCUCUCCCCCUAGACCUCGAAACCCUCAAAGAACUAUCCUCCCUCACCACAACCACUGCCAAUGGCCGAACGGUCAAGUUCACCACCAUGUCCCAACCGGUGGACGAAGCUGAACACAGUGCGGAAAUGCAACUGCCAUACAUCCACCGCCUACUGCAAAAGCUCUAUCCGAACCAGCCCGCGUCCUCGUAUCCUCCUCUCGUCCCCAUCAUGGUCGGCGGUACCAAUUCCGCAACCGAGGCGGCACUGGGCAAGAUGUUGGCUCCCUACAUCGCCGACGAGAGAAACGCUUUUGUGAUCUCCUCGGACUUUUGUCAUUGGGGAAGUAGAUUCGGCUACACAUACUACCUACCUGAUGCCCCCAGUCCUGCCUUGUCGCCAUUGAUGUUGCCGAACGGGGUCCGUGGUGAAUACACGACUGCGAAAGAAUCGGUGAAUGAAGAUGUCCACAAGGUGCCCACGUUAGGGCAAGGCCAGCAACUGAGAAGUAGUAGCAAGGUACCACCGCAUCACGGUGGUCCUCGGAUAUACGAAAGCAUCGCUCACGCAGACAGAGCGUGUAUGUGUGCCAUUGCGACAGGAAAACAUGGAGAGUUCCUGAGGGCUUUGGGUGAGACCGGAAAUACUGUCUGUGGUAGGCACCCCAUCGGCGUUUUCAUGGCCGGCGUUGAGGAGAUUGAACGAUUAGAAAAGGAAAAAGACAAAACAGGAGAUGAUUCUGACAACGCCACUCGACGGAGCUUUCGGUUCAUGAGGUAUGAGAGAAGUAGUGAUGCUGAAACGGUGCGGGAUAGCAGUGUCAGUUAUGUCAGUGCCUUUGCAGUUCUUUGAUGAGCAAAGCAAUUUUCGGAGUACGAGUUAUAGAGCCGCAGCUUAAAAGAGCCAGUCUUUUUCGUAAAAUGAAUUCUUG